GGGCGGGCGGGAGAAGCGGACUCGGCUGCCGGUUCUCCUGGCGUCCCGGCUCGGGCAGCGCCGAGGGGCGCUCCUCGUCCAGCCCUCCCGGCUUGGGGAUUCCCUGCCGAGGCGCCCGCGCCCUCGGGCUCCCCGCCUCGGCCCCCCGCGGCCCCGAUGCCGAGGCAUGGAUAGAGCGGCGCUGCGCGCGGCGGCGAUGGGGGAGAAGAAGGACGGCGGCGGCGAGGGGGCCGCGGCCAGCCGGGCGCUGCAGCAGUGCGGACAGCUCCAGAAGCUUAUCGACAUCUCCAUCGGCAGCCUGCGCGGGCUGCGCACCAAGUGCGCCGUGUCCAACGACCUCACCCAGCAGGAGAUCCGGACCCUGGAGGCGAAGCUGGUCCGGUACAUUUGUAAGCAGCGGCAGUGCAAGCUGAGCGUGUCUCCCAGUGAGAGGACCCCAGAGCUCAACAGCUACCCCCGCUUCAGUGACUGGCUGUACAUCUUCAACGUGAGGCCAGAGGUGGUGCAGGAGAUCCCGCACGCGCUCACGCUGGAUGCCCUGCUGGAGAUGAACGAGGCUAAGGUGAAGGAGAUGCUGCGGCGCUGUGGCGCCAGUGCUGAGGAGUGUGGCCGCCUACAGUGUGCCCUCACCUGCCUGCGGAAGGUGACAGGCCUGGGAGGGGAGCACAAAGAGGACUCGGGCUGGAAUUCAUUGGACACUCGGAGGGAAAGUAGCUCAGGGCCUUCCAUGGACACAGUCUCAGCAGCCAGCCUGCCCUGGACCCCAGGGAGCGCCCAGCUGGGCAGACUGGGCAACAGUGCCCAGGGCCCACGCUCCGUCUCUGUGUCAGCCCUGCCCGCUUCAGACUCCCCAGCCCCCAGCCUCAGCGAGGGUCUCUCGGACGCCUGUAUCCCCCUGCACACCAGCGGCCGGCUGCCCCCCCGGGCCCUGCACAGCUUCAUCACCCCUCCUGCCACACCCCAGCUGCGGCGACACGCCAAGCUGAAGCCGCCGCGGACGCCCCCUCCUCCCAGCCGCAAGGUCUUUCAGCUGCUGCCCAGCUUCCCCACACUCACCCGGAGCAAGUCCCACGAGUCUCAGCUGGGAAACCGCAUCGACGAGGUCUCCCCGAUGAGGUUUGAUCUCCCGCAUGGAUCCCCACAGAUGGUACGAAGGGACAUUGGGCUCUCAGUGACGCACAGGUUCUCCACCAAGUCCUGGCUGUCACAGGUCUGCCAAGUGUGCCAGAAGAGCAUGAUGUUUGGAGUGAAGUGCAAACAUUGCAGGUUGAAGUGUCACAACAAGUGUACGAAAGAAGCCCCUGCCUGUAGAAUAUCCUUCCUCCCACUAACUAGGCUGCGGAGGACGGAAUCAGUCCCCUCGGACAUCAACAACCCAGUGGACAGAGCAGCUGAACCCCAUUUCGGAACCCUCCCCAAAGCACUGACAAAGAAGGAGCAUCCUCCAACCAUGAACCACCUGGACUCCAGCAGCAACCCGUCCUCCACCACGUCCUCCACGCCCUCCUCACCAGCACCCUUCCCGACGUCAUCCAACCCCUCCAGUGCCACCACGCCCCCCAACCCCUCGCCUGGCCAGCGGGACAGCCGGUUCAACUUCCCAGCUGCCUACUUCAUUCAUCAUAGACAGCAGUUUAUCUUUCCAGACAUUGCAGCCUCUCCGCAGGCAGCCCCGCUCCCCGAUGCAGCCGACAGCACGCGGCUCGACGACCAGCCAAAAGCAGACGUGUUGGAGGGUCAGGAAGUGGAGGCCGAGGAGCCAGAGGCUGGCAAGUCAGAGGCAGAAGACGAUGAGGAUGAGGUGGAUGAUUUGCCGAGCUCCCGCCGGCCCUGGCGGGGCCCCAUUUCCCGCAAGGCCAGCCAGACCAGUGUGUACCUGCAGGAGUGGGACAUCCCCUUUGAGCAGGUAGAGCUGGGUGAGCCCAUUGGGCAGGGCCGCUGGGGUCGGGUGCACCGCGGCCGCUGGCACGGCGAGGUGGCCAUUCGCCUGCUAGAGAUGGACGGCCACAACCAGGACCACCUGAAGCUGUUCAAGAAAGAGGUGAUGAACUACCGGCAGACGCGGCACGAGAACGUGGUGCUCUUCAUGGGGGCCUGCAUGAACCCUCCCCACCUGGCCAUCAUCACCAGCUUCUGCAAGGGGCGGACAUUGCACUCGUUUGUGAGGGACCCCAAGACAUCUCUGGACAUCAACAAGACGAGGCAGAUUGCUCAGGAGAUCAUCAAGGGCAUGGGGUACCUUCACGCCAAGGGCAUCGUGCACAAAGAUCUCAAAUCUAAGAACGUCUUUUACGACAAUGGCAAAGUGGUCAUCACAGACUUUGGGCUAUUUGGGAUCUCGGGCGUGGUCCGAGAAGGACGGCGUGAGAACCAGCUAAAGUUGUCACAUGACUGGCUGUGCUACCUGGCCCCUGAGAUUGUGCGUGAGAUGACCCCCGGGAAGGACGAGGAUCAGCUGCCCUUCUCCAAAGCUGCUGAUGUCUACGCAUUUGGGACUGUGUGGUAUGAGCUCCAAGCAAGAGACUGGCCCUUUAAGAACCAAGCUGCAGAGGCCUUGAUCUGGCAGAUUGGAAGCGGGGAAGGAAUGAAGCGUGUCCUGGCCUCCGUCAGCCUGGGGAAGGAAGUCACCGAGAUCCUGUCUGCCUGCUGGGCUUUUGACCUGCAGGAGAGGCCCAGCUUCAGCCUGCUGAUGGACAUGCUGGAGAAGCUGCCCAAGCUGAACCGGCGGCUCUCCCACCCUGGGCACUUCUGGAAAUCAGCUGAUCGCUGGCGGAGCCGCUACUACGGGAAAGGACGUUAUGGUCACCCUGACUUUAAGAACUCCUGUCCAGUUCUGGAGGAAUACAUUAACAGCAGCAAAGUUGUACCCCGGUUUGAAAGGUUUGGUUUGGGCAUCCUGGAAUCCAGCAAUCCAAAGACGUAGCCAGCUGUGCAGUUUUUCUGCUGCUGAUUUCCUUUCUAAAUGUGUUUCUAAAACACCCAAACCACCACCACGACAAAAACCACUCUGCCUGCCCAGCGCUGCAAACCAAGAGCACGAGUCCUCGAUUCAGACUGUUCGUCCACAAAAACACUUGGGUCCCGGAGUUGGAACUGCACCUGCUGUUUCUUAAAAUGACACCAACAACCAAACCUGUCCCAACAGCAAAUGUUUACAUGUAUGUUUCUGCUGAGUGAACUUGAUGUUUUACAAUAGGUAAUAAUAAAACAGUCCAUGCAUAGGUGUGCUGGCACUGUGGCCAGAAUGGUGGAAGUGGCCGUCCCCCUCUGGAGGACCCUGUAGGCAAUGAGGGACCCAAGCUGGGCCGGGAAGGAAGAGGAAGUAUUGUGAUUGUGGCUGCUCUUGGGAUAGGGUUGGGGCCCGCAAGGUUUGAUCCAGCCUCUGCUUUGACCCCAAACACCGUCAGUGGGGAACCUCUCAGUAUAAAGUUCUCCUCUUGUCCUAUCAAAGGGCUGCUGUCCCUUCCUGUCUUGUAGAACAAACCCUGGAUGGGAACCGAGCUGAAUUAUAGUGGUUGGCAGUUCCUGGGGAUCUUGGACCCUUGCAAUCCAGCCUAUUCCUGCAGGAAAAGUAGAGGCAGAAUCCACAUAGCAUCUGGGCUGAUCCAGUGGUUCCUAGCCACGGUUUCUGUUGCAGGAUAAGGAAACAUCCACAUGCUGGUAAAGAUGUUUCUUUCAUGAGGCUCCCAGGCAGGCACCAAGGCGACAGGACUCAGGGCCUUGACAUUUGGAUGCAUCUCAUCCUGGCUGACAUCUGACCCGAGAGCUAAGUAAGGGCCAGCCCAGCAGCUGCACAUACUGGGAGGGCGUGGUGAGUGUGAGUAAGGUGGAGGCAGGGGGACCUAAGCAGCAGCAGGUACCUGAGCCCCCCUUCUCAGCCACAGGGUGAUCCUGGCGCUUUAGAAACUCUUCAUCAGGGCUAGAAGGCUCUGGAACUGCUUAUUUUUCUGGUUCUAUUGAACCCCUUAGCCCAUUCCUGACUCCUCUGUCCAUGCUCUGAGCUUAGGUGGGGGCAUGUGGCCUGUCACCCCUUUCGUUUAGACCCACCUAGCAAGUCCUCAUGUGUAGAGCCUUCCCUGGUACUGUGAGGCCUUCUACGUAUGUCCAUUUGAGCUAAGGGAGGGGCUGGGGUUGGGAAAGUCCUUGAUAUGAGAGCACCACGCCUGUCUUCAUUCGAAACUGUCACCUAGAGAGAGUUAAGCCCUUAAGUGGAGGUUCAGUUGUGUUUGGCUCCAAAACCAGGAAGGAAAAAGGGUCAUGGGAGUGGAGGUACGAUUGGAUUCAGGCCCAGAACCUGUGACCACGAUCUGAGCUUGGAUGGCGGGGGUGUGGGGUGGGCAGGUGGUUCCCAGCAAUUUCAGUUAGAGCCACCUAGCAAAGCCCCCACUUCAGAGCCUUCCCUAUCACCAGAGUCUGGUUGCAUUGUCACAUCAAACAGGCCACUCUGCUGAAAAGCUGUGGGGCUGCCUCCUGCAGUCCGGAUCAGGCACUCCUGGGUCAAGCCCGCCCUGGGGAGUGUGCUGUAAGCAGUGCAGGUUUGCCCAGGACGUCAGUGUCUUAGCCCUUCCCAGUCAGAGCUCAGGAGGAGGAAAGAGGGACUGAAGCCAGGUGGGCUCGGCUCAGUGGAAGCCUUUUCCCCUCUGUGGCGGGACUGCUAUUUUGCCCUCUUAUCCUUUUGGCCUCCCAAAGGAGGCCUGUGCCUUCCCAGAGGCCACAGUGCGUGUGUGUCCAGCCUCCACCUUUCCACUGUGACCCCAGCCUUCCCUCAAGCCGGAGCAGAAAGGGACGUUGGCGACCCUGCGGCUGGGAAGUCGGGCUGGGCUCCUCCUGCCCCUGCCUCCAGGCCACAGGGGGGCGUCGUGGCCCACAGGAAGUCGGUAUGGGCUUUGCUUUUCCUUGUGAGGGUCACAGUGUAAGAAGCUCUCAUUGAGCACCUACGGUAUAUGUGGUCUUGCACAAGUGCUGGGGACCCAGAGAUAGGAGCAGUCACAGUUCCACCCUUAUGAAACUGACAUCUGGUGGGGGCCUGAUAUUUGUCAGGAAUGCAGAAGCCACUCGGCCCCGAGGGUGGAGCUGAGGUAUUGGGCCGCAGCUCUCGGCCUCUGCACGCCUGUCAGUUGAGAUAAUCCCCUGUGAUGGUCCCCCUUCCCCUUUUUUUACUUCGGUGACUGUGAAUUGAGGUUAGGAGAUAGGCUUGCCCUUCUGUGUGCCCUCCCCGUCUGUCUUGGAAACACAUGAAGGACGACAGAUACUGUGAAUUCAGCCUUUGUGGCUGACUGUGAACAGGACGGAGAAGGCUGGGAGGACCUUGGUGAGAGCUGUUGGGGGCUGCAGGGGUCCCCACCAGGGUCUGAGAGUGGAACCCAAGCCUUGGCCCCUAAGGCACCCCCAGUCCCCACUCUCACCUCCCGAGCCCUGCCUCCUGUCGCCACCAGGGCUUCAGCUCCCUGUGUUUCUGCCUGCCUCGAGGUUCUCACUCCCAGCUAGUUCUGGGUUAGUCGGGAGCAAUGUGUAACAAAGGUGACCCCUCUGUCACCAAGUCAAAUCGCCCUUUGCCAUCUCACGGCAUUUCUUCUUUUGGUUGCAGAGGUGAGUGGCAAGCCCUGUAAGCCUGUGUUAGUCUGUAUUGGGGAUGGGGCUGGGGGUGGACAGAGACGUAAAUGUGAGGCUGGCCAGGGAGCUCGCACUGCGCUGCACAGGUAGCCAGGAUCUCAUUGAUGUGUGCAAACCAACAGUCCUCCAUGGCCACGAGGCAUACACUUGCUUUUUUUGAAUGUGAUGUAAAAUUUGUACAGUAAAAGUUUUUAUAUUUUCUAUCAACUGCAUUUGUCUUCCAGAAAUGCUAUUAAUUUAAAUUAAAAUGGUUAGUAUUAACAAACAUGCUA